AUGGACAUGAAUAUGGACUCAGGCAUGUCGGGGGGUCCCGACCUGACAGAUGAGGGACUGGACAUGUCAAAUUAUACCGUGGCGUCGGAUUUCCUAUCCGCCCUGUUGGAUGACUCGACCCUUCAGCAGACAGAUUAUGCUAUAGCCCGUGCCUUUUGGUACGGCAUUGUCAUUGUGAUCGUGCUCGUCGGUAUAGCUCACUGGACACAAUGGGCUACCCUAAAAUUACGAUUGCGUGCUGCGGCAGCGAAUCGUGCCCGGCCUUCGAGUCCUUCUAAUCGAGUCACUUCCGCAUUGGCGGGCUGUACAGCGGUGAUACGGGAAAUCUCCUAUCACCAACUCACUUUUACAAACUCAUGGCUGCGGAUCCCGACUAUUGGAUCCAUUGUACUUAUUUUGGGUUAUUUUGGGUAUAUCAUGGGAUUGCAGUUCUAUGAAUGGGAUUAUCCCGGUGCACAGUAUUGGCAAGCUCAGAGCAUUCGGGCCGGCUGGCUGACAAUUGCCCAAUUCCCACUGGUUCUGCUUCUUGCCGGAAAGCGGAAUUUGAUUGGAUAUGCUGUGGGUGUCUCAUAUGAGCGCCUGCAGAUUCUGCAUCGUUGGGUGGCUCGAGUCAUGCUGUUGACUGCCACCAUUCACGGCGCUGUGCAAACAUAUGGAUGGCAUAAAUAUGGUGUGAUGAAGCUUGAAUUUGAUACCGAUAGCUGCAUUCCUACAGGCUUUGCGACUUGGAUGAUUCUUGUCUGGCUAGUCUUGUCUGCAACUGCGCCCAUCCGCAACUGGCGUUAUGAAAUAUUCGUUGCACAACAUAUCAUCACGUUUAUUGGCCUUGUUGUGGCUAUUUUCUAUCACUUGCCAUCCACUGCUUUGAGCUCACGGAUAUACGCUUGGAUCGGUGUCGGCCUCUUCAUACUCGACCGUAUGAUUCGAACUAUCAUCUACACAUACGUCAACGCGAAGCCGGCAAAGGCUACCAUAACUGAGCUUCCCGGCGACGUCACAAGAAUUCGCAUUGCAUCCCCCCGUAUCAAAAAGUGGAGUCCAGGCCAGCACAUCUUCCUGUCAAUUCCGAAGCUGGGACUCGGACAGUCACACCCAGCUACCAUUUUAUCAACUCCUUCAUCCCACAACAAUGAUCUCGUCUUCCUCCUACGAGCCCACCGUGGUUUUACUCGGCGACUAAUUCACUCCGCCAAAUCCUCCUCGACUAAUCUAAUAGAAAAGACUGAGGAUACCCGAACUGUUCAAAUUGCAGGGCAACACCUCUCCCUCCUCGGUGGACCAUACGGAGGAUCUCAGUCUGAUUUCGCGGCCUUUGACACCGUCCUCCUGAUAUCUGGGUCCACGGGUGUUACAUUCACAUUAUCUAUCCUCCUCGAUAUUGCGCAGAGAGUGAAGACUCAAAAGCUUCCUGUCCGGCGUUUAGUCUUUGUUUGGGUGAUCCGAACUUUCUCAUGCACAGAGUGGGUCGCCAAUGAAUUACAGCAAGCAAUGGAAUCACUCAUAGACGCCGGUAUCGAAGCUGAGAUACGCUUCUUUGUUACCUGUGACGCAGAGCCAUCAGGGCCAUCAGAGAAGAAGAUUGGUUGCCCAUGCAAGAAUAUCGAAGGGCCGUGCUGUUGUAGUGGUAUUGGUUCCUCUAGUAUUGACGUGCUUCCUGAUCCUAUUGUCGGGUUAGAGGAUAAGAAGAAUGUCACUUCUUCAUCUAUACCUCAAGACGCAGCGAACACCUCCGUGCCAAUACCAGCCUCUGGCUUUACAUCUGGGCGGCCGGUAUUGAAGCCCAUGCUCUGGGAUUUGCUAAAUCAUGCCAGGGGCGAGACCGGUGUCGCAGUCUGUGGGCCCUUGGGACUGGUUAGUAAUGUCAGGAACACGGUAGCUACAGUCAGCGAAGAGCGCGGAUCAAAUAAGGGGACUGGGGCCGAGGGAGUAUAUUUGCACGCUGAGAACUUUGCAUGGUGA